UCGCUCUUCCUUGAGUCUCACACACACACUCACACACACACACUCAGCCAAUCUGAGCGCUGUGACGAGAAGAGGCAGGAUCCCAAUAUUUAACACACAGUGCACUGAUACAUCUACACCUGUCACUGGCUGCUCCUCAUCAAGAACUAAUGCACUUUAUCUGUACAUGCUGCCGGACACAUCCGCACAUGGGACUGCUGAUCCGCGGCUCUUGACGACUCGAUCUGGGUUUUUUUUUAAUGUGUAUGUGUGUGUUUUGCAUUACAUACCAGGACAUUUUCGCUUUUAUUAUGCACCUGUAAGGAUGCGACAGGGCAUCUGAUUUAAAAAAAGGGGGAGAAAUCAACUAUGCCAAGAAUACCAAAUUGAUACGCAUCUGGACACAGCAGGAUGCAAAGGAAGACCUUUUCCGAACAUGGAUCUCCUAUCUUAAAGAGGAUUACAGUAGCUGGACAGAUGCGCUCUUGAAUAUCUUUCCUCAUCAUCAUCAUCAUCAUAUUGUGCUCUAUUUAGCCUAAAUAUAAUAAAUAAACCAUAAUGAUACUCUUUCGUAAAUUCCGCGUGCUGAUUUUAACGGUGUUCCUCAUCGCCUGCACCAUGCACAUCAUGAUAGACCUGUUACCCAAGCUGGAGAAGCGCGCGGCGGGCUCGAGCUCCAGCGCUGGAGGGGGCAGCGGCUGCUCCUGCGCUCACACGCCGGGCGAGGAGCCUCGAUCCUGGGGUAAACAGCGAGCCAGAGCCGCCGAUCCCGGCUGGCCUAACAAGCACUCUCUGAGAUUACUGCAGGAUUUCAGCAAUGAGCCCAACUCUAAUUUGACGUCGCAGUCGCGGGAAAAGGUGACAGAGAGAGCCGGCUCUGAGAAGCAGGGCUCCGGGAAGAGGGGGCUGAUGCGGGAGGCGGACAGCCGGCAGAGGCGCACUGAUGUGCGGGUCUCCUCCGUGCUGCAGUCGCUGUUUGAACAUCCGCUCUACCGGACCGUCCUGCCGGAUCUAACCGAAGAGGACACCCUUUUCAACCUCAAUGCGGAGAUCAGACUGUACCCCAAAGCUGCCGGACAACAAGAAUGGCAUAAUGAGGGUAACGUGGAGGAGGAGGAGUUCAGUCCUCCAGGAGAAGCCAACAGCGAGUCCUACCCAAACUGGCUGCGCUUCCACAUCGGGAUUAAUCGAUACGAACUAUACUCCAGACACAAUCCUGUGAUCACCGCGCUGCUCAGAGACCUGCUGUCCCAGAAGAUCAGCAGUGUGGGUAUGAAGUCUGGAGGCACUCAGCUCAAGCUCAUCAUGUCAUUCCAGAACUACGGCCAGGCCCUCUUCAAGCCCAUGAAACAAACCAGAGAACAGGAGACGCCACCAGACUUCUUCUACUUCUCUGACUUUGAGCGACACAAUGCUGAGAUCGCUGCAUUUCAUCUGGACAGAAUCCUGGAUUUCCGGAGAGUUCCCCCGGUGGCCGGCCGCUUGGUGAACAUGACACGCGAGAUUCGAGACGUGACCCGGGACAAAAAGCUCUGGCGGACAUUCUUCGUUUCCCCAGCCAACAACAUCUGCUUCUACGGCGAGUGUUCGUAUUACUGCUCCACAGAGCACGCCCUGUGCGGAAAACCCGACCAGAUCGAGGGCUCGCUGGCCGCGUUUCUUCCUGAUCUGGCACUAGCGAAACGCAAGACCUGGAGGAACCCCUGGCGCCGCUCCUACCACAAGCGCAAGAAAGCUGAGUGGGAAGUGGAUCCAGAUUACUGUGAUGAGGUCAAACAGACUCCUCCGUAUGACAGAGGCACACGACUGCUGGACAUCAUGGACAUGACUAUAUUUGACUUUCUCAUGGGCAACAUGGACCGCCAUCAUUACGAAACUUUUGAGAAGUUUGGAAACGACACUUUCAUCAUUCAUUUGGACAAUGGCAGAGGCUUCGGAAAGCAUUCGCACGAUGAAAUGUCCAUCCUGGUCCCGUUGACUCAGUGCUGCAGAGUGAAGAGGUCGACGUACCUGCGUCUGCAGCUGUUGGCUAAAGAGGAGUACAAGCUGAGUUCUCUAAUGGAGGAAUCGCUCCUGCAGGACCGCCUGGUGCCCGUCCUCAUAAAACCCCACCUGGAGGCGCUGGACCGCCGGCUGCGGCUGGUGCUGAAGGUGCUCUCCGACUGUGUAGAGAAAGAUGGAUUUUCAGCAGUGGUGGAAAAUGACCUGGAUGGACAGCCCUCAGUGCACGGAGGCAGGUAGUGAGGCCUGCAAAACCACACUGCAAAAAAAAAAACAACAGCGCACUUUUAUUA